GGCUCUGGCUGCGCGCUGACCCUGCCGGCCUGCAUGGGUCACAGCCCCCGCGCCGCUGCCUGGCGCUGCUGCAUCUCCUGCAGCUGGGUUACCUGUACAGGUGCGUGCAGGAGCUGCGCCAGGGGCUGCUGGUGUGGCAGCAGGAGGAGCCCUCUGAGUUUGACUUGGCCUACGCUGACUUCCUCUCCCUGGACAUCAGCAUGCUGCGGCUCUUCGAGACCUUCUUGGAGACGGCACCACAGCUCACGCUGGUGCUGGCCAUCAUGCUGCAGAGCGGCCGGGCUGAGUACUACCAGUGGUUUGGCAUCUGCACGUCCUUCCUGGGCAUCUCGUGGGCACUGCUCGACUACCACCGGGCCUUGCGCACCUGCCUCCCCUCCAAGCCCCUCCUGGGCCUGGGUUCCUCCGUGAUCUACUUCCUGUGGAACCUGCUGCUGCUGUGGCCCCGAGUCCUGGCUGUGGCCCUGUUCUCAGCCCUCUUCCCCAGCUAUGUGGCCCUGCACUUCCUGGGCCUGUGGCUGGUACUGCUGCUCUGGGUCUGGCUUCAGGGCACAGACUUUAUGCCGGACCCCAGCUCCGAGUGGCUGUACCGGGUGACGGUGGCCACCAUCCUCUAUUUCUCCUGGUUCAACGUGGCUGAGGGCCAUACCCUAGGCCGGGCCACCAUCCACUUCGCCUUCCUCCUGACUGACAGCAUUCUCCUGGUGGUCACCUGGAUGACUCAUAGCUCCUGGCUGCCCAGCGGGAUUCCCCUGCAGCUGUGGCUGCCUGUGGGCUGCGGCUGCUUCUUUCUGGGCCUUGCUCUGCGGCUUGUGUACUACCGCUGGCUGCACCCUAGCUGCUGCUGGAAGCCCGACCCUGACCAGGUAGACGGGGCCCGGAGUCUGCUUUCCCCAGAGGGGUAUCAGCUGCCUCAGAACAGGCGCAUGACACGGUUAGCACAGAACUUUUUCCCCAAGGCUAAGGAUGAAGCUGCUUCGCCAGUGAAGGGAGAGGUGAAUGGCGUCCUUUGAAGCAGGAUCAGACCCAGCUGGCAGAGAUGGAGAGUGACUCUGCUGGCAGAAGGCGGGUGAGGAUAAGCUAAUGAUGCUGCUGUGGCCUCCAUGCACUCAGCAAUAAUGGGACGCCUGUGCUGGGCCGGGCACCAGGGAUGGUGCUGAGUGGGGCAGAGGCCUGCCUUAAAGGAGUUCACAGUGAACAAGAUGAGAAAGGCUGGGCCCUGCAGGGUCAAGAGCCCCAAUUAUGUACAAGACACUUUGGGAGGAAAGAAGACUACCUUUUCUUUUCCCCCUGCCAUUGGUAUAGCUGGUGCCCCAAAACUUCCACCUCCCUGGCCACUUCUAAAAUGACUGGUAUAGGUGCUGCCCCACCCCUUAGCUCCCCUAUCCUGGGCUAGAAGGCCACAGGGGCUGUCCUCUAGAAUUCUUCCUCCCCUCCCCCACACCAUUCAUUCAAUUCAUGAAAGAAAUCUUCGUGGAGAGCAGUUUAUGUGCCAGGAACAUCAUUCUGUCCUUGCAACCUGGAACAAGACCAGCUACCACCCCAGCUUCAUCCCCUACUUGCACCAACCAGUCCUGGGUUAGAUCUCAAAUGCCAGAAGCCAGGGAUGCCCAACUCUCGGUGGCCCCAGUUAGAACCUCUGGGAUCUCAGUGAAGCUGGCCUGGCCUCUGCUCCUGCUCUCAAGGGGCUGCUUUUCAACCGAGAGCCUUGUGAGCCUGGUCUGAGCCUUGUACAACCACUGAGUAUUUUUUAUUCCUUAGCCAGUGUACCUCCUACCUCAGAGUCUGUGUGAGAGGAAGAGAAUAUGUGUCCCUGUGGGUGUCCACAAGUGUCAGACGUGUUGUUUUUAACAGUAUUACUAGGUUAUGAUUAAAGCCUCAUGAAAUCCUCCAA